GAAGCUCUGAACGUGCGUAGGUAACGAGGCAUUUCAUUUCUCGAAUGCAAAGGGCUUGACCUGAUUCAUGUAUCAAGCUUGCCAGAAUUCUCCAACUGUGGAAAUAUAAAUUAAAUUUUUCUCCACGCAUCCACGGACCAAGACUUGAGUACCAUGACGGGAGGAAGAAGCAGACAGAGGUCUCACUCCUAUUACAGCCCGGAGGAUUGCAAUAAUUACGGUGUACAGACACAGACUGAGGACAUUUUACAGAGACCUCGUUCCAGGUCUUUUUACAGUUAUGAAACAUCUGAGCCUUGUUCCGACGAUGAUUUUGAAAGCGUGACCAUGUCUGGUGCACUGAAGCAGAAAGCGGUCACCAUGCAACAUCCUGUAAGCAAAAAUGAAAAGUCCAAUUCUAAACUCAAUAAGCACUCAGUCUUGAGAGAUCUUAAUGGUAGCAAAGGUAGUCUGAAGUCUGUGUCCAUGAUGACUAUCUCAGAGUCUGACAACUGGGAGAUCUGCUCCAGCUCUGGAAUGAAAUAUGGCCAGUUUGUGGACUGGGAGAAAAUCGAUCCGGAAGCUGCGGCUCGGUACCAGCAGAUACUUGAGAGCGAGCACCCCCAGCUGAAGGCCAUGGGCCGACGAGGAUUCUGGGCGAUUCUUCACACACUGAGAGCAAAGGCUUACUAUCACAUCAUUCACGGCAUCCAUUCCAGGUGUGUCACGCCUGAAAGAGAUGUCUACUAUGAACUGUGCAAAAAGCUCUUUGGAGAACAAAAACUCAGCAACCACCCUGUUCCAGAGUACAUGGAGGCUGGAGAAAUACCAAGGUACUGUCUCAACAAAGCGGGUCUGAAUUCUGUCAAAAAGAUUCUUCUCUGCCUGGGGAGAUAUUUCCCAGACAUGAACUUCUGCCCCAUCCUUCCUGCUUUGGUCUCACUCAUCUUACACUUCAGCCAGGAUGAGGCCGAAUGCUUCUGCAGCGUUUCCAGACUGAUCUGCUACAACGACCCGAACAAGCGUUACAUUGAUCAGACCUUCCUCACAUACCGAGCCUCGUGCAUGACCUUCGGAGACCUUGCCAACAGAUGUUGCCGGGGCAUCCGAAAGCUGAUUGCCAGCUCUCACCAGAACCUUUUCGAGUUCUAUUCUGACUGGAUCAUGUGGAUCUUUGCUGAUCUCCCAUUUACAUAUGCUAUCAGAGUACUGGAUGUCUACUCGUUGGAGGGCUACAAGGUUCUUUACAGGGUUGCAUUGACUUUGCUCAGCCUCUACAAAGUCUCGGUGUCAUCUCGAGUUGCAGACGUGGAGGAUUUCCGCACGGAUAUGAAACGGUUCGUGCAGAAUGUGAAUCGCCACUGCACGGCUGAGAAUCUUCUGGAACAAGCUUUCAUGGUUCCAAUUGCGACAAGGAGAGAGCUCAAUCUCCUGUUCAAAGCCAAUAAGGUCUCCCUCAUGCAAAAAGGGGUCAGCAUUCACCAGAAAAGGCAGUCAGUGGAUACAGUGGACUUCAACAACCUGAGCUCUGGUGUGGUGACAGGGACUGAGAUGUCCGUGGUCUGGGCCUGGAUACCAGAACGCUUUGCCCUUUUCAGUCCCAUUAAGCUCUUUAGCAAAACAGAAAACGGAGGAAGUCUCGCAUCAUUUUACUCUUACGUAGAGGGACAUGAACCUGCAGUAUUGAUCAUCAAAACUGUGGAUGAAGAGGUCUUUGGUGCCUUCAUUUCAACGGAUAUGACGGAAAGGCACAAAUAUGACUCAAAUAAACUCACAUAUUUUGGAACCUGUGAAUGUUUCGUUUUUACGGUAUACACCUUUGGGAUAUAUACUUUGUUUGUUGAAACAUGCCGCUAAUGGUUAGCAUGCUAACAAUUAGCAUGUUAACUUUUUUCUUUAAUUUUGCAGAUAUACGCCCCAGAGUUACAUAAGUUGGUUUUUGACACAUGUUAAUAGUUAGCAUGCUAAUGUUAGCGCAUGCUAUCUUUUUAGCUACUUUUACAGGAAUAAACCUCAGGGUCAUAUCAUUUAGUAGCAUUUAGUAGGAUUCUUGAUUUAAACCAAUUUGUACAAUGUACUAUUUGUUAGGGGUGUUAUAUAUGUAAAGUAUAUGUAUACAUAUUUAUAUAUGUAUAUAUCCAUCCAUCCAUUUUCUACUGCUUAUUCCCUUUGGGGUCGCGGGGGUCGCUGGUGCCUAUCUCAGCUACAAUCGGGCAGAAGGCGGAGUACACCCUGGACAAGUCGCCACUUCAUUGCAGGGCCAACACAGAUAGACAGACAACAUUCACACUCACAUUCACACACUAGAGCCAAUUUAGCGUUGCCAAUCAACCUAUCCCCAGGCUCAUGUCUUUGGAGGUGGGAGGAAGCCGGAGUACCCGAAGGGAACCCACGCAUUCACGGGGAGGACAUGCAAACUCCACACAGAUUGAACCCCAGACUACUCAGGACCUUCGUAUUGCGAGGCAGACGCACUACCCCCACUUCCACCGUGUGUGUAUAUAUAUAUAUAUAUAUAUAUAUAUAUAUAUAUGUAUAUGUAUAUAUACUUAUGUAUAUAUAUAUUUAUGUAUAGAUAGAUAUGUAUAUACAUAUGUAUGUACAAGUAUACAUAUAUAUACAUACAAACCCCGUUACCAUAUGAGUUGGGAAAUUGUGUUAGAUGUAAAUAUAAACGGAAUACAAUGAUUUGCAAAUCAUUUUCAACCCAUAUACAGUUGAAUAUGCUACAAAGACAACAUAUUUGAUGUUCAAACUGAUAAAUAUUAUUUUUUUUUGCAAAUAAUCAUUAACUAUAGAAUUUGAUGCCAGCAACACGUGACAAAGAAGUUGGGAAAGGUGGCAAAUAAAUACUAAUAAAGUUGAAGAAUGCUCAUCAAACACUUAUUUGGAACAUCCCACAGGUGUGCAGGCUAAUUGGGAACAGGUGGGUGCCACGAUUGGGUAUAAAAGCAGCUCCCAUGAAUUGCUAAGUAAUUCACAAACAAGGAUGGGGCAAGGGUCAAGCAAAUGUCUAAAAGUUUAACAACAACAUUUCUCAACGAGCUAUUGCAAGGAAUUUAGGGAUUUUACCAUCUACAGUCCGUAAAAUCAUCAAAAGGUUCAGAGAAUCUGGAGAAAUCACUGCACGUAAGCGAUGAUAUUACGGACCUUUGACCCCUCAGGUGGUACUGCAUCAAAAACCGACAUCAGUGUGUAAAGGAUGUCACCAUAUGGGCUCAGGAACACUUCAUAAAACCACUGUCAGUAACUACAGUUGGUCGCUACAUCUGUAAGUGCAAGUUGAAACUCUACUAUGCAAAACGAAAGCCAUUUAUCAACAACACCCAGGGAUGCCGUCGGCUACGCUGGGCCCGAGCUCAUCUAAGAUGGACUGAUGCAAAGUGGAAAAGUGUUCUGUGGUCUGACGAGUCCACAUUUCAAAUUAUAUUUGGAAACUGUGGACGUGGUGUCCUCCGGAACAAAGAGGAAAAUAACCAUCCGGAUUGUUAUAGGCGCAAAGGCAGCAUCUGUGAUGGUAUGGGGGUGCCCUAGUGCCCAAGGCAUGGGUAACUUACACAUCUGUGAAGGCACCAUUAAUGCUGAAUGGUCCAUACAGGUUUUGGAGCAACACAUGUUGUCAUCCAAACAACGUUAUCAUGGACGCGCCUGUUUAUUUCAGCAAAACAAUGCCAAGCCACGUGUUACAACAGCGUGGCUUCAUAGUCAAAGAGUGAGGGUACUUUCCUGGCCCGCCUGCAGUCCAGACCUGUCCCCCAUCGAAAAUGUGUGGCGCAUUAUGGAGCGUAAAUUACGACAGCGGAGACCCCGGACUGUUGAACGACUAAAGCGCUACAUAAAACAAGAAUGGGUAAGAAUUCCAUUUUCAAAGAUUCAACAAUUCGUUUCCUCAGUUCCCAAAGGUUUAUGGAGUGUUGUUAAAAGAAAAGGUGAUGUAACACAGUGGUGAACAUGCCCUUUCCCAACUACUUUGGCACGUGUUGCAGCCAUGAAAUUCCAAGUUAAUUAUCAUUUGCAAAAAAAAAUAAAGUUUAUGAGUUUGAACAUCAAA